UACAGGAACACGUGCUUCAACAUGGAGCCCGACAGUAGUGAUUGUCACACCUGGGGAAUACCAAAUACUUUUGUAAUUCCUCUAUCUGUGUUUACGAUGGGCGAAAGAAAGCAAGAGACUAGCAAAAUCUACAUUUGCUCGUUCCCCGAAUGUGGGGCAUCGUACAAUAAACUAUGGAAACUCGAUGCACAUCUUUGCAAGCACACUGGACUCAAGCCGUUUCACUGUGAGCGCGAGGGUUGCGACAAGAGUUUCUGCACCAAAUACCACCUGGCAAGACAUGAACUGAGCCACAGCGGCGAGAAGCCCUACCGGUGUACGGCAGAAGGAUGUUCAGAGGCCUUCUCUACAAACACCAACAUGAAGAAGCACUUUACUCGCAAACAUCAAAACAAAGAAAAACUGUACACUUGUGAAUAUGAGGGCUGUGGAAAAGUGUUCAAGAAGAAUAACCUGCUUAGAGCUCACGAAUAUGAGCACACCAACCUACUUCCUUUCAAGUGUCACUUUGAAGGCUGUGAAAGAAGGUUCUCUGUCCCCAGUAAAUUGAAACGCCAUGAAAAAGUGCAUGCAGGUUACCCCUGUAAGGAGGAGGGCUGCUCCUUCCUUGGAAAGACCUGGACAGAAUACCUGAAGCAUAGACGGGGGAUGCACAAAGUCCAGCUGCAGUGUGAUCACUGUCAUAAGGUGUUCCGGGACUCCUGGUUCCUGAAGCAGCACCAGAGAGCGCACCAGGGGGAGCGACAGGUGUUCAAGUGCCCGAGGGAGGGCUGCCAGCGCACGUACACCACGCCCUUUAACCUGCAGAACCACAUCGUUUCCUUUCACGAGGAGCAGAGGCCUUUCUCCUGCCCGCACGAAGGCUGCGACAAGACCUUUGCCAUGAAGCAAAGCUUACAGAGGCACAGUGUGAUCCAUGACCCAGAGAGGAAGAAGAUACAGAAGAAGCCACGCCCCAGACGCAGCCUGGCCUCCCGCCUCAGCGGCUAUCAGCCCAAGAAGGCUCUCCCGUCCGAGACGAACGGCUUGGCCGCCAUGCUGAAGGACGCGACCCUGUCCGAGCCCCGCCCAGAUGACACGUGCACAGCCCCUGAGUAGCCACGCGACAGGGGCCGCUCGGCGUGCCCUGGGCGAGGCCCCACAGUAGCACUUGUUUUUUGUUCCGUUACAGUAUUCAGUAAUCAAUGAAGCUUUCAGUUCUGUACAAACCACUUUAUUGAAUAAAGUUCACUGCUGCA